UUCUCUACGCGAACAAGUGCAAGGGGGACACAUCGGACCUGUGCUCCUGCGUCAACAAACCCCGUCUCGAAGACUGGGGAGCGGACCAGACGUACCAAGCGGUGAUGAGCGCCGUGAACGGAACGGCAGGAGCGAAUCGCAAUCCCCAGUGUUACUUUGGACCUUGCAAGGAAAGAGGCUACAAGGCCGUCAGCUUCUCGAAAGCUGGAUGCCCGAGCUGCUUGAACAACAUCACCGUCGCAGGAACUGAAGGCGGAGUAGCUAGCCUGGGCAGUGCCGUCCAGUCCUGCCUAGCCAGCGACGCGUCGAGCACUGCGACGACACCAGCCGCCGCUCCCUCCAAGAGCGACACGUCCUCCGCUUCCCCGGGGUCGCCUCAGACGCCGGCACCCUCUCCACCCAAGGGUUGGCUGUAUGCUUUGCUCAUCCUCGUCGCCGUCAUCCUCGUCGCAGCGCUGCUCGAGUGGGUCUUCACAGGCGACAAACCUACUCCGAGACCUGCGGCUUCCACCAUGAACCAUGCGCCGACCUAG